UCAGUUGGGAGAAUAGCACAGAGCUCACACGAGCAUUGACCCUGAUAUUGCAAUUGAUCCAAAAUGUCAAACAAUCCCCUCCCGUCCUCCUUCGAUGGAAAUUCCGAUUUCUACGAAGAAAACCGCUGGCAGAAAUUCUCCCGCCGACUAAAAGAAGAACCCUUAAUCCCACUAGGAUGUGUCCUAACCUGCAUGGCCCUCUUUGGCGCAUCCCGCUCCAUCCGCGCCGGGGACCACAAUCGCACGAAUCGCAUGUUCCGCGCACGUAUCUAUGCCCAAGGCUUCACGCUCGUGGCUAUAGUUGCUGGGAGCAUGUAUUGGCAGACCGACAGGCAGAAGAGGAAGGAAUUCGAUGUAGCGGUCGCGGAACGGAAAGCGAAGGAGAAGAAUGAGGCGUGGAUUAAGGAGUUGGAGGCUAGGGAUGAAGAGGAGAAGGAAUUGCGGGAGUUGAGGAGGCGGAGAGCGGAGGGACGACAGGCGAUCAAGAAGGAGGAGAAGAUUUUGGAACAGGUGGAUAGUGGGAAGGGGGCUAGUAGUGUGGUAGAAGACGAGGAGAGGAAAAAGAGUGUGCUGGAGAGUGUGCAGGAGAUGGUUUGGGGGAAGAAAUAAGUGACCAAGGGAUGAAACUGGGAGUGAAGAUUGUACAUUUGCACAUGCGAGCAUUUCGGAUGGAGUUUGGACAUAUGGGAUGUACACUAUCUAUGGUGAACAAAAUGGAAGCGCCAUUCAAUGUUUAUACAAGAAUUGAGAUUCAAGAUGUCAUGACCUCG